AUGGCAAAGGAAUGGACGAAUGUUCAAGAACAACCAGUAAAGCCACAGAAAAAGAUUACAAUUUGUACUCCCAUCCCACUGAACUGUUCUCUGAUGCGGUCCGAUGCAGCGUGGAGAGCUGCCUCACAACUGGCUGGACUCGGCUGGACAAUCAGAAGAGAAGGGGAGGAGGUGUCGAGUUUCUCAACAGACUCGUCGGUGAAAUCAGCGCUAGUUGCCAAAGCCAUGGCGAUGAGACAAGCAGUUAAAGAAAGCUGGAUACUGGGCCAUAAGAGACUGAGAUGCGAAGCUGACUCUGAUCAACUAAUCAAAGCAUUCAAUGGGAAUGAAGUCCCCUUGGAGAUCUAUGGCAUCGUUGCCGACAUCCUAGACUACUCUUUUCGUUUUGAAGUUAUUGCUUUUGUUUGGAUUCCUAGGGAAAAAAACUCUAUUGCUGAUGGGUUAGCAAAACAGGGGCUUGUUAUGGUUGAGGCUUUAAUGGCCAACACCUAA